AACGUCUACCUCGUCGGGCUCAUGGGGAGCGGCAAGUCGAGCGUCGGCGACGCCAUCUCGCGCCAGCUCGGGUCCUACACCUUCGUGGACACCGACGGCACCAUCGAGCAGGCGACGGGCCAGACGGUGGCGGCGAUCUUCGAGUCCGAGGGCGAGAGUGGCUUCCGCGCGGUCGAGGAGCAGGUCCUGGGCCAGGUCGCGGCCUACGUGCGCCUCGUCAUCGCCACGGGCGGCGGCAUCGUCACGACCAAGGCCAACUGGGCGUCGCUCCGCCAGGGCAUCGUCGUCUGGCUCGACGUGCCCACAGAUUCGCUCGCGGCGCGGCUCGGGAGCGACGCGGAGCGCGCGAAGCGGCCGCUCCUCGGGCCCGCCGACGAGCUCGAGGCGAAGCUCGACGGCAUGCUCGAGGACCGGAGCGAGCUCUACGGCCAGUGCGACGUCCGCGUGUCGCUGUCCGGCGACGAGCCGCCGGACGCCGUCGCGGACCGCGUCAUC